AUGGCUAAACUUCAGUUCGUUUUCACCUUCUUAUUACACUGCGCCCUGCAAUGCGCUGGCGGAGAUGCUGAGAGGACCCCCGAGAUAGGGUACCGUUUUGUGCCGGUGGAGCAUGGAGUUUUCAACUUUCAGGUUCGUGCCUCGAGCGAUGUGCAUAUCGCAUUCGAUAGCAAUCUCAAUGACGCCGACCACGUGCUGGAGCUGUUUAUCGGUGGCCGCAACAAUACGAGCUCUGGGAUUCGUUCGAGCGUAACGGGGCUCAUCGAAACACCGACACCGAACGUGCUGAGUGCGGACGAGUACCGAUCCUUCUGGAUUCGCUGGGACAAAACAGCAAUUACCUUUGGCAGGAAAGAUAGCGAUACUGCGCUGCUAUCCUACGAGCUUGCGCAUCCGUUCUUGAUCCGGUACGUCAGCGUUAGCACCGGCUGGGGCACCGACGGUUCAUGGGUGAUCGAAUCGGCGAAUGGACACUUGAGUCCAGUGAUGAUCACCACUCUAUCUACCGACGCUACUACUCCUACGACCACCCUGCUCCCGACGACCACGCUGGCGCCGACGACCACACUGGCGCCGGUGACCAAGCCUCCAACAACGACUCUGCCGCCUCCUACGCCCCAACGACGGGUACCGCGGUGGGUCGCAGCGCGAAAAAACAAUGUUCCGUGGAAUGCCCUACAAGGCGGGCAAACUGACUCACUUCAUACGCUGUACAUCGGGCGCGCCGAGUUUAAGGGAGCCCUGCUGCCGGGUGCGGUGGAAAGGCUGGCCGGUGUUUGCUACGUGGCUUAUGGCGGUGCAGGCCACUAUGUAUCGAACUAUGAAGUGCUCAUUGACGGCGAGGGAACGUUCGUCCCGACCACGGGUGACAAAAUACCGGCCAAUGCCCUGGAGGGUGGAAAAAGCGAGCGCGGUGAGACUCUGUACAUCGGGCGCGCCCAUUAUAAAGGCAUGACGUUGGUGGGCAAGGUCCAGAAAUCCCAGAAACGCCUGUUCUGUGCCCAUCAAGGGAUGGAGCUAAAGUUUUUCAUAUUUGAAAUUUUUGUAGUGUAACUCCUCCAAAGCUGCUUGGAUGACGCCAUGUUGAAAAUAGUAUCCGCAAUUCGUGAGCACUGCAAACAAAAGGAAAAUAAUAAAAGUAGAGCA